UCGCAGCCUCCGCGGGGACGUGCCGGGGCCGCUCCCGAGGCUCGGAGGGCAGGCCCGCCAGGAGGCAGCCCCGGCGAGCGGCCGUGCGCACCGUCUGGAGUGGCCGCGGGAGCGGGGGCGCCGCGUUCUCCCGCCGGAGCAGGAGCAGCCCUUGGGCCAGCGGUUGCCGCCACCGCGACUUGGGUUCCAGUUGAGGCUCCUCCCGGGCAACAUGUCAAAAGCCGCCACCGCUCCAGCUGCCGCCGCCACCUGGGGAAGAGCGGCGGCGGCGGCGGCGGCCCCGGGCGCGCGGGGACAGUAAGCCGGCCCGGCCGGGCGUCCUGCGGGCCAGGGAACCCCCUCCGCGCUCACCGCUCCGGCGGGCCCCGCGCCAUGUGCUGAGCCAUGUCCCCCGCCGCGCCCCCGGGCCGCGCAUGGGGCAGCGCCUGAGCGGCGGCCGGUCCUGCCUCGAUGUCCCCGGCCGGCUCCUGCCGCAGCCGCCGGCGUCCCCGCCACCGGUGAGGAGGAAGCUCGCGCUGCUCUUCGCCAUGCUCUGCAUCUGGCUCUACAUGUUCCUGUACUCGUGCGCCGGCUCGUGCGCCGCCGCGCCCGGGCUGCUGCUGCUGGGCUCCGGGUCCCGCGCCGCCCACGCCCCGCCGGCCCCGGCCCGGGGUCCCGACGCGACUCCCCCCAGGCUGCCGUUCCUGGCGGCGCCGGCGGCCCCGCUGGCUGCGGGCAGGGAGCCGGCCGAGGGCGCCGCGAGCCAGGAGGAGCAGAGCCCCGAGGCGCCGGACUCCCCCGGCCCCAUCUCCAGCUUCUUCAGCGGGUCCGGGAGCAAGCAGCUGCCGCAGGCCAUCAUCAUCGGCGUGAAGAAGGGCGGCACGCGGGCGCUGCUGGAGUUCCUGCGCGUGCACCCCGACGUGCGCGCCGUGGGCGCCGAGCCCCACUUCUUCGACCGCAGCUACGACAAGGGCCUCGCCUGGUACCGGGACCUGAUGCCGCGGACCCUGGACGGGCAGAUCACCAUGGAGAAGACGCCCAGCUACUUCGUGACGCGCGAGGCGCCCGCGCGCAUCUCGGCCAUGUCCAAGGACACCAAGCUGAUCGUGGUGGUGCGCGACCCAGUGACCCGGGCCAUCUCGGACUACACGCAGACGCUGUCCAAGCGGCCGGACAUCCCCACCUUCGAGAGCCUGACGUUCAAGAACCGCACGGCGGGCCUCAUCGACACGUCGUGGAGCGCCAUCCAGAUCGGCAUCUACGCCAAGCACCUGGAGCUCUGGCUGCGGCACUUCCCCAUCGGCCAGAUGCUCUUCGUGAGCGGCGAGCGGCUCAUCAGCGACCCGGCUGGCGAGCUGGGCCGCGUGCAGGACUUCCUGGGCCUCAAGAGGAUCAUCACCGACAAGCACUUCUACUUCAACAAGACCAAGGGCUUCCCCUGCCUCAAGAAGGCCGAGGGCAGCGGCAAGCCCCACUGCCUGGGCAAGACCAAGGGCAGACCCCACCCCGAGAUCGACCGCGAGGUGGUGCGCCGGCUGCGCGACUUCUACCGGCCGUUCAACUUGAAGUUCUACCAGAUGACCGGCCAGGACUUCGGCUGGGACUGAGCUCAUCCCCCGCCCCCACCCGGGGGCCCGUAUGACUUUACCCCUUGGCUUCUGUUACCGAGAGAGAUUAUAUGUAUGUAAAAUGUACAGAAAUCUAUUUUAUAAUAAUUUAUUUUUAAUUCAUAAGCGAUUAAUUCACUAAGCUGCCUAGCCACAUGCUCUUUAGAGAGUUUAGCUUCUGUAAUCCGUUCACAUUCCAAGGUGUUUCAUCUUUUCUUUCCCUCAACAGUUGAUGGUGCUUCCGUGUUUCCCCGUCCCCGUCCCCCAUUCUAUUUAAAAAGAAGAAAAGCACAACUUGA